CCGGAAAGCGCUCCCCCGCGCCCGGAGCGCGACCUCCGCCGGGCGCGCGCCUCGAGCCCCGGCGGAGCGGAAGACGCGGGAGCUGAGCGAGGACCCGCGGGCGGCGCAGGUUGCACCCGUGAUUUAUGUUUUAGAAAUAGAUGUUAAACUUUGGUUUGAAUGAAAAAUGUCUCUCAAUCCACCUAUAUUCCUCAAAGAAAAGGAAGAAAAUAAUUCAAAAUUUGUAGAAAUACAACACUCACAAACUACUUCCAUAGCUGCAGAAGAUCCUCUUCAAAACUUACGCUUAGCAUCUCAAGAAGUCCUUCAAAAAGCUCAGCAAAGUGGAAGAUCAAAAUGUCUCAAAUGUGGUGGUUCAAGAAUGUUCUAUUGCUAUACAUGUUAUGUCCCAGUUGAAAAUGUACCUAUUGAACAGAUGCCACUUGUGAAGCUCCCACUGAAGAUUGAUAUCAUUAAACAUCCAAAUGAAACAGAUGGCAAAAGUACUGCUAUACAUGCAAAACUAUUAGCACCUGAUUUUGUAAAUAUUUACACGUAUCCCUGUAUUCCAGAAUACGAAGAAAAGGACCAUGAAGUUGCGCUUGUUUUUCCUGGACCUAACUCUGUCUCAAUAAAAGAUAUUUCUUUUCAUCUGCAAAAAAGGAUUCAAAAUGUUAGAGACAAAAAUGAUGACCCUGACAGGCCAUCUAUUAAACGCAAGAAAAUGGAAGAACAGGAUUUGAAUGACAAGUGCCAAGACGCAACACUGAAAAAAAUUAUAUUUAUAGAUAGCACCUGGAACCAAACAAACAAAAUAUUCACUGAUGAAAGACUUCAAGGAUUGUUACAAGUUGAGUUGAAAACAAGAAAAACUUGCUUUUGGCGCCAUCAAAAAGGAAAGCCAGAUACCUUCCUUUCCACAAUUGAAGCCAUUUACUAUUUUCUGGUAGACUACCAUACUGAUAUAUUAAAAGAGAAAUACCAAGGACAAUAUGACAAUCUCUUAUUUUUCUACUCUUUUAUGUACCAGUUGAUAAAGAAUGCCAAAUGCUCUGGAGAUAAGGAAACAAGAAAACUUACCCAUUAGUUUUUAAGAAGCUACUUAUGUCAUUUUAUUUUGCUAAAAAUCAAUAAACCUAUAAUUGUGCUUUGUUUAUUCUUA